GACGAUGCGGCAAGACGAUUGGCUAAUUGGUUAUCAUUAAUGAACAGCAACCACCAAAUGUUCUUUAUUCCUUGGAAUAUCGGGAUGCAUUGGACGCUAGUGGUGGUUGCGCCAAACAAAAUUAUCCAUUUAAACCCUCUAAAAGGCCGCCCAAUUCCCGAACAAAUAGAACAAAUGAUCGGAAGGGCAUUCAUGUAUAUAGGGGACGCACAUCAGUAUCUUGGCCCGUGGCAAGGAAUUGCACAAGCAAACUGUCCAAGACAACCUAAAAGCCAAGAAUGCGGUUUUUAUGUUUUGAAAUAUAUGACUGACAUCGUCGCACGUGCAAACCCCAACCGUUACAUAGAAGAUCAAAAAGCUUUUGGGGGUAAGAAGCAAUACGAUCCAAAAACAGAAAUUUUACCACUACAGCGAAAGUGGAUCGAACAAUUGAUGGCGGUGAUUCACGGUGACGAUUGAGGCUCAAAGGUCGAAGAAUUUUUCUUCAUUAUGUAAUUUUUAUAGAUUAACUUGUAAUUAGAUUUAUUAACUUAUUAAUAUUUUUAACUAAUUUUACAUGUUUGUGUAAUAUUUAAUUAGUUUUAUGAAAUCAAAUUAUGUUUUUACCCAAAUUUAAUUACUAUUUAAUUUAAAAUGUAAUUAAUAUAUAAUUAAAUUAAAUAAAUAUGUAAUUUAAAAUUUAAAUAAAUAUGUAAUUUAAAUUAAAUAAAUAUGUAUAUAAAUUAAUAAAUAUAAAAUUAAAAUAAUAUAAUUAAAUUAAAAAAAAUGAAAAAAACUGAAAUCUGAGGAGUUUUGGCGUCGGUUCCUACGCCACAUAUGGCGUCGGUUAUUGGCUAGGAACCGACGCCAUAUGUACCCCUAUGGCGUCGGUUCUUAGCUAGGA